AGAGCGGGAGUGACUUCCCAGGAGCUGCUCUGGGCAAUAUAUGCAGCAGCCAAUAGAAUGAGAAUCAGCAGCACAAACACGCCCACAUACUGGGGCCAAUAGAAAUAUCCCAAUAUUCAGCCUCGGGAAACACAGGCACCUCCGAGCUACAGGUUAGAGAUUAGAGACAGAGUGAAGGGGCGGGGAAAUAAGAAUCAGCCAAUAGAAAGGAAAUUAUAUACCGACAUGUGACCAAUCAGGGCACAGGAGAUGUGUAUAUAAGGAGGACGCGGCAGAGCAAAGCGAAAUAUUUUAUUACACUUUUGUUUUAAGUGCGAGUUUAGAUCUUAGAAUGGCCGAGACCGCUCCUGCUCCUCCCCCGGCUGAACCCGCCGCUAAAGCCAAGAAGAUACAGCAGCCCAAGAAGGCAGCGGCUAAAGCCAAGAAACCCUCCGGUCCCAGCGCGUCCGACCUCCUAGUGAAAGCCGUGUCCGCCUCUAAGGAGCGCAGCGGGGUGUCCCUGGCCGCUCUCAAGAAGGCUCUGGCUGCCGGAGGCUACGAUGUGGACAAGAACAACAGCCGCCUCAAGCUGGCUCUCAAGGCCUUGGUCACUAAGGGGACUCUCACCCAAGUCAAAGGCACCGGAGCCUCCGGAUCCUUCAAGCUCAACAAGAAGCAGCUGGAGGGGAAGGACAAGGCGGUGGCCAAGAAGAAGCCCGCACCGCCCAAAGCCAAGAAAGUGGCAAAGAAGGCGCCCAAGUCCCCAAAAAAGCCCAAGAAGGUCUCUGCAAAGAGUCCCAAGAAGGUGAAGAAAGCGGCGGGCGCCAAAAGCCCCAAGAAGCCCACAGCUGCCAAAGCCAAGAAGGCGACUAAGAGUCCGGCUAAAAAGGCCGCCAAGCCCAAAGCUGCCAAGAGCCCGACUAAGAAGCCCAGCAAGCCUAAAGCUACGAAGCCCAAGGCGGCCAAACCCAAAGCAGCGGCUAAAGCAAAGAAGGCCGCUCCUAAGAAGUGAUGUGGCCCCAGGGCCCGCGCAUUGCACCAAAGGCUCUUUUCAGAGCCAC